AGUCAUCCUAGUCACCCCAGUCACCCUAGCCGUCCCAGUCAUCCUAGUCACCCCAGUCACCCUAGUUACCCCAGUCACCCUAGUCACCCCAGUCACCCUAGUCACCCUAGUCAUCCCAGUCAUCCUAGUCACACCAGUCACCAUAGUCGUCCCAGUCAUCUUAGUCACCCAGUCACCCUAGUUGUCCCAGUCACCCCAGUCACCCCAGUCAUCCUAGUCACCCCAGUCAACCCUAGCCGUCCCAGUCAUCCUAGUCACCCCAGUCACCCUAGUUACCCCAGUCACCCUAGUCACCCCAGUCAUUCUAGUCAUCCCAGUCACCCUAGCCAUCCCAGUCAUCCUAGUCGUCCCAGUCAUCCUAGUCACCCCAGUCACCCCAGUCACCCUAGUCGUCCUAGUCAUCCUAGUCAUCCUAGUCACCCCAGUCACCCUAGUCAUCCCAGUCACCCAAGUCGUCCCAGUCAUCCUAGUCACCCCAGUCACCCUAGUCGUCCCAGUCACCUUAGUCACCCCAGUCAUCCUAGUCACCCCAGUCACCCUAGUCGUCCCAGUCAUCCUAGUCAUUCCAGUCACCCUCGUCGUUCCAGUCAUCCAGUCACUCAAGUCAUCCUAGUCACCCCAGUCACCCUAGUCGCCCCAGUCAUCCUAGUCAUUCCAGUUACCCUAGUCGUUCCAGUCAUCCAGUCACCCCAGUCAUCCUAGUCACCCCAGUCACCCUAGUCGUCCGAGUCACCCUAGUCACCCCAGUCAUCCUAGUCAACCCAGUCACCCUAGUCGUCCCAGUCAUCCUAGUCAUUCUGGUCACCCUAGUCAUUCCAGUCAUCCAGUCACUCGAGUCAUCUGGGUCAUACAAGUAACCCUAGUCAUCCCAGUCAUA